AUGGUAGAUACGCAACGUCAUUCCUUUGAGGAAGCCUCUCCAACAGGCAAUCGCAGAUAUCCAUUGAUUUCACAUUCUCGAUCCGAGUCUUCCAGGGACAGUGGCUCUGUCCAAAUUACUGAAUUUGCAACAAUCAAUUUGCCAUUCUUUGAAACCACCCCGGCUUCUCAAUCAUCAUUGUCCAGGAAACCCAGAGCCCAACCGGUUUUUACGCCCACACUUCGUUACAAAGAGAAUCGAGUCUCAUCUCCACAACGAGGUCGUAGCAGAGUGAGGAGUACUCUAGGUCUGGCAGUACCAAGAAGCUCAUUCCGAAGCCCAAUCUCGCCCGACAGAUUCAUCCCAAGGCGAGACUUUGUGGAACCCACAUCGACAACCUUUCGUGUGACCAAACAUCCACAACGUCUUUUGCCUCAUGAAAAACUGCUUCGACGACUUCCCCCUGGUGAUGAUCCAUUUCUGCCCCCAACUCCACGUAGGAUCCCUGCCACUGGCGGACCCCAUCAGCCCACUCAACUCCAACGAAUUCCGCAUCAUCGGCCUCGUCUGGUCACUGAGCUCACUGUCACAAGCAACAAUAUUUCACACGGCUCUCUGAGACAGGUCAGUUCGGGUGCAGUCUGGAAUGUGGGCGGAGUAUCUGCAGUCCUCGGCGGUUCCCUUAUCACAACGUCUAAUGAUCCAUCGGUCGCCUCGAGCAAUAGCAGUAGAUCAACUGCUCCAAUUUUUGUUGCUCGCUUCUUACCCAAGAAACCCAAAUUCAGUGAAGAUGAGAUACAUGAGGCGAGACUUGCACUUGCUUUGGGAAUUGAUCCGACGAUUAGGCAAUUAGCUACUUGUCUGCCGUGCUUGCACGCUCCCAUCAAUCCAACAUCUCCUGACUAUGAAAGAUUCUCUCCAUUUGUCUGGAAGGAAAGUGACUGGAAGAAAGGCAAAAAGGAGCAUUUGCCCACAUCUCUAGCCAGAAAGGAGAUUGUUCCAGCAAAGCCUUUUCGAAUUCUUGAUGCUCCCUUUCUUCGUGACGACUUCUACUGCAGUACGCUUGCAUAUUCAACAACUUCUGGAAUUCUGGCAGUAGGUUUGGGUCACCAAGUUUAUCUUUGGUCGGAAGGCCGCGGAGUGGAUUAUCCCCCAUUUGCAGACUUACACCACUCUAACUAUGUGACCUCCCUCUCGUUUUCAUCUGAGGACGGCGCAAAAAGUAUCCUUGCAGUAGCCCGUCGGUCUGGUCAACUCUCUCUAUGGAGUACUUUCGAGAAGCAUGUCCGCUUUGAAAUCAGUCAUCCGAGCACCCUCACAUGUGUGGCAUUCAAACCGAGAACAUCACGAAGAGCUUCAGAACGGUUCAUGCAUAUGGAAGUAGAUGCUGAGGAAAUUGUGGCAGGUGAUGAAUUUGGAAACGUCUGGUACUAUUCAGUCGAGUGGUCUAGCAAAGAUGACCAAGCCAGGUGGAAAUGGAACGGGUCCAUGACACUGCUUGCCAAAAUCUGUGCACACACUCAACAAAUCUGUGGACUGGCCUGGUCACCCGAUGAACGGUAUCUCGCCACGGGCGGGAAUGAUAACGCCUGUCUCCUCUUUGACCUUGCUGAGAUUGUUCCACUACAGCCGUUAAAUUACACGGUCUCACCUGUUACACCCCCCGAUUCUCCAAGCAGCUUCAGCCUCGGUGCAUUUCCAUAUAUUGCUAUAGGCACUACAACAAGACGAAUGUUUAGUCGACGAGCUGCUGUUGGUCAACUUCUUCCAUCAUGGGUUACUCCUCCGAUCAAACCUCCGUCCGCAACCACACUUUUAAACCAUACAGGGACUCUGAUCUCCGGUGGUGGACGAACGAUUCUAGUUCCAUUCGGCCGUCAGAAACACCGUCUUAUGCACUCCGCCGCAGUUAAAGCAAUCGCAUUCGCACCAUGGCAGUCAUCUUUGCUCGCGACUGGAGGUGGCACCAAUGACAGAGCUAUACACUUCUAUCACACCCACAGCGGAGCCUGUCUGGCGACGAUCAAUGUUUUUGCACAAGUGACCAGUCUCAUAUGGAGUCAAACUCGACGCGAGAUUGCCGCUACUUUCGGUUAUUCACAGCCAGAACACCCAUUCCGAAUCGCCGUGUUUGCCUGGCCCAGCUGCGCACAGGUAGCUGUCGUUCCCUGGGGGCCCUAUGGCGCCAGCUGGGAUGGUCCUGAUGUUCAACCAAGCUUUGGCUGCGGAAGGGCAUUGUGGGCAGUGAGAUAUCCAGGAAAACUGCCUCAUUGCUUGGAUAUACCCUCUGGUAGAUCGGGCAGUCAGUCUUCUUCAAGCUCGCCCUUAUCCCCAACUUCAUCUCAAGGGCAAGAAGGUCCCAGCCGUAGGCGCAGAACUGGACCCCGGACAGUUACACCCAAAGAGAAAGAAGGUGGAGUAUGGUGCACGCGAACCAAGGAGGAGGGAUGUAUUAUUGUGGCAUCGAGUGAUCAGACUGUCAAGUUCCAUGAGGUCUGGACUGGCAGGAAAACAAGUAUCAGCUCUGCUAGUGGACUUUUUGGCGGAAGCGACAUUCUCGAGGGCCUGGAGGGCAUUGAGAAGUCUGGUGGUGAAGUCAUUCGUUAG